AUGAUCCUGUUAAAGCUGGUUACCGUCUGCCUGUCAAUUUCUUUAUCUAAGCCUUAUCGGACGAUAGCGAGGUACGCUCUACCUUUGAUGCAGAGGCUCCUGUGGACGGUCAACACAGAAUCCUUAGCGAAGGAGGAGAAAUGCCUUGCGCGGACUCAAACUGGUGGUCUGACUUUCGGCAACAAUAAGCCUCCUCAUCUACACGGUGCGCUUGCCCAGUCACUUAUGGAGAGUCUCUAG